CAUCAGUCGCGGGACCACCAUUCCCCGACGUUUCGUCAAGACAGCAAACCGACCAUCCCCCCGCCUUCUCAUCAUACUCCUACCUACCAACAGACUACUUUGGACGGGUUACGGGCCUUACGGCGAACCUCAUUGACACUUAUUGCUCACAGAAUGGUCGAGCCUCUUCCUCCAGAGCUAUACGAUACCAUCCUACAACUUGUCACCGACAACAGCGCCCUGCGGAUCUGCAGCCUGGUCUGCCAUGUGUGGCUACAUAUAACUCGCCACCGGCUCUACGACAAGAUAAUCGUCUCUGAAUCCGGACUUCAGACCUUCCUGGUCCUCCUCUGCGCACCACACAAUGCCUUCAUCCGGUACACACGACAUCUUGAGCUCCCAUCGUGGGGCCCCCCGUCAGUGCCGGCGAAAGCACUGCUACAUUCCCUUGCUAGCUUUGUCCGGCUCGCAGAGCUGCGAUUGCGGUCACUCGUAGUUCUCCCCGACUCCAACGAGGACGACGACACCGCUCUCCAUCCGGACGUUCUCCACCUCACGCUCCUCCAACUCGACAGUGCGUUUGCCGAUUUGGCACAAUUUAAAUCGUUGCUCCGGCGCAUGCCGGCGCUCAAGCACUUAAAGCUGGGAAGCGUCAACUGGGGAACGGCAUACUCGAAUUUACAUGACUCAGCGGCACACCCUCACCAGGCGCCCAUCGCCCUCCGGACUCUGGACUUCAGAGUGCCUUCCGAUGAGGCGAAGUCGGCCGAUGAAUGUUUCCUCAGUUGGACCGCUCUGCAGGUAUCGGAGCUCGUCACUGUCCACGUCUGGGGGCCCAUAUCUUCGGCGCGCCUGGCCCUAAUGGGAACAUUCAUCAGCACUAUUGGCAUCAACCUUGCCGCUCUGCACGUCGAGUUUGGGUACGAUGGCAGCCACAUUGCCUCUGUCGACUUUGCCGCGCUCCCAGCCCUCACGUCGCUGCGCCUGACGUUCGACGGGAGCGGUUACUCGCGUACCUGGACCGCUUACUACGAGCACCACUUGCCCCAGCUCCUAGAGCGUCUCCCAAUGGACAACAUCAUCGCCAACCUCACAGUCGACGUGAUCCGGACCCAGAUGUUCCUCUGGUCCUGGGGCCUUCCGGACUUUUCCCGCCUCCGCAGCGCGCUCCGCAGGGUAAAUGUCGCACGCUUGGAGACGUUGGAAUUUCGUGUAAGAUGCAAUGGCCACACGGUGGACGAGAGCGGGAUGCUCGCGGAGGGGCAUUAUCCUGAUACGGCGUCUGACCCAACAUCAGGAGAGGCUGGAGAGCAACCCCAACAGGGGCAAAUGUGCGGACCAGCACUUCUCGUGCGUAGCAGGGUGGUGGGGAACCUUGGAUUCCCGGUGGUUGGGAGCAAUCUCAAGUGUUUAGUCACACUCUUCGACGACUAG